GAGAGUAAUAAACAAGACAAUCACAAACUGUGUACUCAUGGGUCUGGCAGUGAAGUAAGGGCCAAGAUCACCAAGUUAGAAAAAUAUAUAUAUAAUUGCAGAGAGUAAGGAGGUGCCACAGGAAAACAGAGUGCAGAAACCCCAGGUUCCCUGAAGGUCUGUCUUAGCAUAAGGCCUCAUCUCUGAGGAGGCCAUGGUUACAGUGAGACAUAAAAAAUUAUGAAGAACAGACAGACAUAAAAGUGGAGGACCUGAAAAAGGCCACCAUCAGUGGAACUUGCUGAAUGAGAGACAGAAUAGAGAAGGCUGAGGUCCCAGGGAUGUGCAGGGGCCAGAUCACAGGCCGAUUUGCAGGCCAAAACAGAGAAUUUCAGUUUUAUCCCAGAUCGGAAGGAGGCCAUUGAAGGGGUUGAAGGGAAAUGUUCUAAUUCAAUGUAUAUGUUUACAAGAACAGUUUGGUCGCUGUGCGAUGAUACUUUGUUUUGUUUUCUCCAGUUUUGAAAGUGAAGAGAGUAGGAAGUUGACAGUUUAAAGGAGCAUAUUUGGCUGUGGAUUCAGAAAAGGCAGGGACUAACAGGAGGAGCAGCUUUAGGAAUUUCACACUUUUCAUUAUAAUCAACUCUGAAAGAAGUUUCAUAGUAUUUAUGACUAGAAGGAUAAUCAGCAUUAAUUCUAAAAUCUUGGAUAUAAGAGGAAGAAUAGCAAACCCUUAGAGAGUGCUUAUUAUAUGCCAGACAAUUUUCCCAGGGAUUUAAAUGUAUUCAUUUAUUCCUUUAGCAAAGCUAUGAAAUAACUUCAAUUAUCCCCCAUGUUAUAAUUACUUAUUUAUUUUUACUGAGGUAUAGUAGGUAUGAAAUAAUAUAUUGCUUUCAAGCUACAGCACAGUGAUUCAACAGUUAUGCACAUUAUUAAAUCGUCACCCCAACUAGUAGUUACCGUCAACAUAGAUGUUACAGAAACAUUGGCUGUACUCUCCAUGCUGCCCUACCAUCCCUUUGAUCAACUGAUAGUAUGAUUGAGAUUUUUGUGCCUCUCUAUCCCCUCACCCACCCCAACCAACCACCCUAACCCAUCCCCCAUUAUAACCACAAGUCAUUUCCCAGGGUCUGUGAGUCUACUACUAUUUUAUUCAUUUUAUUUUGCUUUUAGAUUCCACAAAUUUGUGAAAUCAUAUGGUAUUUGUCUUUCUCCACCUGGCUUAUUUCAUGUAGCAUAAUACCCUCUAGGUCCAUCCACGCUGUCCCAAAUGGCAGGAUUUCUUUCCUUUUUAUGACUGAAUAAUAUUCAAUCAUGUAUAUGUACCACAUCUUCUUUAUCCAUUCAUCUUCUGAUGGACACUUAGGUUGCUUCCAUAUCUUGGCUAUUGUAAAUAGCGCUGUGAUAAACAUAGGGGUGCUUAUGUCUUUUUGAAUCAAGGAUUUUUUUCUUUGAGUAAAUUCCUAGAAGUAGAAUUACUGGAUCAUAUGGUAUUUCUACUUUUAGUUUUUGAGGAACCUCCAUAUUCCUUUCACAGUGGCUGCGCCAAUUUACAUUCCCACCAACAGUGUAGGAGCAUUCUCUUUACUCCACAUACUCACCAACACUUGUUAUUUCUUCUCUUUUGAAUAGUAGCCAUUCUAACUGAUAUGAGAUGAUAUCUCAUUGUGGUGUUGAUUUGCAUUUCUCUGAUGAUUAGUGAUGUGGAGCAUCUUUUCAUUUGCCUGCUAUCCAUCUGUAUUUCUUCACAGAAAUGUCUGUUCAGGUCCCCCACCCAUUUUUUAAUUGGGUUAUUUGAUUUUUGGUCUUAUGGUGUAUGAGUUCUUUAAUAUGUUUUGGAUGUGAACCCCUUAUCAGAUAAAUCAUUUGAAAAUAUAUACUCCCAUAUUGUAGGUUGCCUUUUUAUUUUGUUGGUGUCUUUUGCUGUAAGAAGCCUUUUAGUUUGAUGUAUAUCUCUACUUGGCCAUUUCUGAUUUUCUUUCCCUUGCCUGUGGGGAUGUUGCCAGAAAAAAAUUACUCAUGCUUCUGUUCAAGAGAUUUUUGCUUAUGUUUUCUUCUAAGAGUAUUAUGGUUUCAGGACUUACAUUUAGGUCUUUGAGCCACUUUGAGUUUACUUUUGUGCAUGGAGUUAGAGAGUAAUCCAGUUUCAUUCUCUUGCAUGUAAAUCUCCAAUUUUCCCAGCACCAUUUAUUGAAGAGACUGUCUUUACUCCAUUGUAUAUUCAUGGCUCCAUUAUCAUGUAUUAUUUAACUAUAUAUGUGUGUGUUCAUAUUUUGGCUCUCUAUUCUGCUCCAUCAAUCUAUGGGUCUUUUCUUGUGUAUUGAUUACUGUAGCUUUUUAGUAUAGCUUGAAGUCAGGGAGUGUAAUCCCCCCAGCUUUGUUCUCUAUGAGGAUUGCUUUGGUUAUUUUGGGUCUUUUGUUGUUCCAUAUGAAUUUUAGAACUAUUUGUUCUAGCUCACUGAAGAAUGCUGCUUGUAGUUGAUCAGGAUUGCAUUGAAUCUGUAGAUUGCUUUAGGCAGGAUGGCCAUUUUGACAAUAUUAAUUCUUCCUAUCCAUGAGCACAGGAUAGAUUUUCAUUUAUUUGUGUUUCCUUCAGUUUCUCUCAUGACUGCGUUGUAGUUUUCAGAGUAUAAGUCUUUCACUUCCUUGGUUAGGUUCACUCCUAAGUAUUUUAUUCUUUUUGAUACAAUUGUAAAUUGAAUUGUUUUCCUGAUUUCUCUUUCUGCUAGUUUGUUAUCAGUAUACAGGAAUGUAACAUAUUUCUGUGUAUUAACUUUAUAUCCUGCAACUUUACUGAAUCCAAUUGUUAGUUCUAAUACUUUUUUGGUGGAGUCUUUAAGGUUUUCUAUGUAUCAUGUCUUGUCAUCUGCAAAUAGUGACUGUUUUCUUCUUACUCACCAAUUUGGAUGCCUUUUAUCUCUUUGUCUUAUCUGAUUGCCAUGGCUAGGACCAGUACUAUGUUGAAUAAGAGUGGUGAGAAUGGGCAUUAUUGUCUUGUUCCUGAUCUUAGAGGAAAAGAGUUUAGGUUUUCACCAUUAUAAUGUUAGCUGUGGGUUUGUCAUAUAUGGCCUUAUUAUACUGAGGUAUGUUCCCUGUAUACCCAUUUUGUUGGAAGUUUUUAAUCAUGAAUGGUUGUUGAAUUUUGUCAAAUGCUUUUCCAGCAUCUAUUGAGAUGAUCACGUGGUUUUUAUCCUUCUUUUUUGUCAAUGUGAUGUAUCAAGUUAAUUGAUUUAUGACUAUUUUACCAUCCUUGCAUCCCUGGAAUAAACCCCACUUGGUCAUGAUGGAUGAUCUUUUUGACAUAUUUUUAAAAUUUAGUUUGCUAGAAUUUUGUUGAGGAUUUUUGCAUCUAUGUGCAUCGGGAAUAUUGGUCUUUAAUUUUCUUUUUUUUUGUGGUGUCUUUGCCUGGUUUUGGUAUUAGAGUGAGGCUGGUCAAAUAGAAUGAAUUUGGAAGUACUCCCUCCUCUUCUACUGUUUGGAAACUUUAAGAAGGAUGAGUAUUAGCUCUUCUUUAAGUGUUUGGUAGAAUUCAGUUGUGAAGCCAUCUGGUCCUGGAAUUUUGUUUGUGGGGACUUUUUUAUUCCUGUGGUGCCCAGAAGCUGAAGACUCUCUGCUCAACAGUGCCUGGUUCUUUUUGUGGUGGAGCCACAGUUGUUGUUGGUGGGUUGUGGGUGGGGCCACCUUUCAGCCUGCCUGCAAACAGUGGCUGACCUCUGUGUGCACUCUGACAGCUUGCCUCAGUGUGCCCUUUGUGUGUCAUGCAGUUAUUCUGCUGGGAUCACUGCGGGCAGUGUUGCCUUCUGCCUUCUGGCCAUAAUGAUGGCUGCAGCUGGCUGGUGGGGUGGGUAGGGUGAGUGCACAGUGGAGUGGUCCUGCAGUGCUGGGCUGCCAGGAAGGGAGAUGAAGCAUUUGGAGCUGGCUCCCACAGGUACCUCACCAGUUGGGUGACAGAGUGUUAGGGAAGCUGGGAAAGCCUCCCUCCACCUACCAGAGAGCAAAAUCUCCCUCUGUCUGCCAGGCAGUAAAGUCUGACCACUGCUGGCCAAAGCAGGCUGGGCAGGCAGAUGGGUGCACAGGAAAGCUUGCCUUCAGCCAGGGAGAUGGACUAUUUGGAGUUGUCUCCCACAAGCACCCUAACAUUUGGACUGAGGGAGGGAUGGUGAUGCAUCAUCCCCUUGCCUUACUUCUUUGGAAAGAGAUCCCUCCACAUGCUGCCCCUCUGGCACACAUCCUGCUGUUUCUAAAUAUUUCAAACUGCCGUCUGUAUGUUGGAUCUCAGGUGAAAGAAAAGAUAGUGUCUGUCAUCUGCAAGUGACAGGAGUCUCAGCCUCCCAGAGUGCUCCAACUCUCCCUGGUUUCCAGCCCUGUUAAUUUUCAAAGCCUAAAGCAAUGUGGGCUUGUGUACCUAGAGCAGAUCUCCAAGGUCAAGUGUGCAAGAUUCUUACAUGUUUACCCCCUCCGUGCUCCAUUCCUCUCCCUCCCACUUGUGGUUUGGGAUGAGGGAAGGGCUUGGAUCCCAACGGAUCGUGGUUCUGCCAGUUUUCCCCUCUCUGCUGUGGUCCUCUCUUCUUCAUCAUGUGUAGAUGGCCUGUUCUGAACACUUCAGAUAAUUUUUUGAGGGUUAGUUGUAAUUACUGUACUUUCUUUCUUGGCUGUACAUGGGAAGAAGUUUCUGCCUUGCCUUCCUAGUUGCCAUCUUUUCCACUCAGAAGUCCCUCCAUGGUUUAUAUAAGAAGUUUAUGCACAAAGAUUAAUAACUUGGCUAAAGUCAAGAUUGAUUAAAUCACCAUUUGAGCUAAAGAAGCUCCAGAGUCUAUGCCCUAUGCCAAAGGGUCAUGCUGUUCCUCUCCUGCCAUGGUCUGAUUCAAGACAGUGGUUUUGUUUGUGUUUGUUUUUCCACUGGGUGAUAUCGCAUGAAAGUGGUUCACUCUAGGUUUUGUUUUGGGGUUUUUAGAUCAUUUAAUCUAGGAUUAUAUGUACUAUAGACUUAUCAUUAAUAUAUUGAUAAGAAUGUUUGACACCAGCUUUCUGGUCAUACUAUUGUCUGAAUCAUGGACUAACAUGAGUCAACAACACAAUCGCAUUAUCAAAUAAAAUAAUAUUGGCUUGUCGGCACUCUCACUCUACUCCCACUUUUAAUCUAUUUGAACCCACCUCAUAUCCAAUUUCUAACUUAUUUUUACCAACAGAUCAUGCAGAAGUCAGAGGUCAGUGAUGAAAAAUUACACAGUGUUGACAACAUUCAUCCUGGUGGGAUUGACAGAUGACCCGAAUCUACAGAUUCUGCUUCUUGCCUUUUUGCUCAUCACGUAUGUGCUGAGUGUAAUUGGGAACCUGACUAUCAUCACCCUCACCUUUGUAGAUCCCCACCUUCAAACUCCAAUGUACUUUUUUCUCCGGAAUUUCUCCAUUUUAGAAGUCUCUUUUACCACUGUCUGUAUUCCUAGAUAUCUUUAUACGCUUGCCACGGGGGACAAUACAGUUACUUAUAAUCCUUGUGCCACUCAGUUAUUUUUCGUCAUCAUCCUGGGUGUGGCUGAGUUUUUCCUCCUCACCGUCAUGUCCUAUGACCGCUAUGUGGCCAUCUGCAAGCCCCUGCAUUACACGACCGUCAUGAACUACAGAGUCUGCCUCAGAUUCCUUAUUGGCUGUUACAUGAUUGCUCUAAUCAUUGUCCUCCCACCAUUUGGCAUGGGCUUUGAGCUCGAGUUUUGUGACUCCAAUGUCAUAGAUCACUUUGGCUGUGAUGCUGGUCCCAUCCUGAAGAUUUCCUGCUCAGACACGGAGUUGAUAGAGCGAUUUGUCUUGGUCCUGGCUGUGCUGACCCUCACUUUCACCUUGGUGUGUGUGAUUAUGUCCUACGCGUACAUCAUCAGGACCAUUCUUAGGUUCCCUUCUGCCCAGCAAAGGAAAAAGGCUUUCUCCACUUGUUCUUCUCAUAUCAUUGUGGUUUCUAUUACUUAUGGAAGCUGCAUCUUCAUCUAUAUUAAGCCAUCUGCAAAAGAAGGGGUAGCUGUUAGUAAGGUCGUGUCCGUGUUGACCACCUCGGUUGCCCCGGUAAUGAAUCCCUUCAUUUAUACUCUGAGGAACAAGCAAGUGAUACAGGCUUUCAAAGAUAUGAUCAAAAGGGUUGCAUCUACCAUGAGGAACUAA